AUGUGUCUCAACCCUCACGUGCAAGGCGUCACGAGAAAGCUGGUUGUGCGAAGCUUUUCUGCACUACCACAGCGUUUGCGGGCAAAGCCAUCCAAGAAGGAGCUAACACUCUUGAUUCAUCAGACAUCGACUUCCCGAGACAUUCUCGAGAUCAUCAGAGCUCAUAAAGACAGACUGGAUGCAAUCCAUGCAAUCACAUGUCUUUGGAAACUGGGGAAACUCAAAGAUCUGAAAGGCACAGCAGAGGUGUCGGAUUAUCGGGCAGUGAUUUCACUCGUGGACGGUCACCUGAAGGACAGAAUUGCCACACGUGGUCUCAGCAACAUCCUUGUCGCCCUCACGUACAUCAACGACGCCUUGCAAAAGUCGCCGGUGUCGCAGCGCCAGAGCAGCCGCGGGCCCGUCUUCAAGCUCGCGAGGAGAGCCGCAAGCCUCCUGAGCAGCCAGGCCGAGGAUGCGAAUGCGCAUGACAUUGCGAAUGCCGCCUGGGCCGCUGCGCGCGCCACCUCGCCGUCCGUCUGCCUGACCUGUCAGCCACAGGGCGGGGGACACCUUCGCCUCGGAGACCGUGACUUGGGCAACAACGGAGACUUGGCAAACAUCACCUACGAGGAGACCAUGGAGGGCUCCGCGAGCGCCGCUUAUCGCGACCUUUGGGCUUUCGCUCGCCUUUGCCGUCGCGUUUCCUGCUACGGCCAUGGCUGCACUGCACAGGUGCGCACUCCACUCUCCCAGGUAACCCGGUCAGAAGGCGUAGAUCCUGAGAAGCAGCACGGGCGCCUGAUCCGUGUACUGCGACCUUUGAUCCCCAAGUUGACGGCGUUCAGCGCGCAGGGCUUGGCCAAUCUGGCCUGGGCCUUUGCUGCAGCGCCGCAGUCCUCUGCCCGCAGCUCUGAAGAGCGGGCCUUCAGACGGAAGGUAGAGGAGCUCUUCCGCGCUGUUGCCGAAACUUCGCGGCCAAAGCUGCAGGCUGCCGGUGAGCAGGAUGCCUUCAACGUGCAGGAGAUGUCGAACUUAGCUUGGGCUUUUGCAAAGGCCGGCAUCGAAGCCCCGGAGUUGUUUGCAGCCCUGGCAGCAGCAGCCCAUCCCAGGCUGGAAGAAUUUACGACCCAGAAUCUGUGCAACUUUGCCUGGGCUUUCGCCUCCCUGAGUGUCUCUGCAGGCCCAGGAGCAGGAGCCUCCGGAGUUCUGGAAGGGGUCGCAGUGGAAGCUUCAAAACGAAUCUCCGAUUUCAACCUGCAAGGCCUGUCCAACCUGGUGUGGGCCUCUGCUGUCCUCGGUUCCAAGAUUCAGGUCUUCGAGCUUCUGGCAAAGGAGCUGACGAUGCGAUUGGACGCUGCAGAUGUAAACGUGCUGAGCGAGCCGGAGGUUACCGACAUCGUCAGGAAUGCCCUGGGGGUCGUAUGGGCUCAGCACUUCGCUCAUGGUGCGGAAGUGAAAAAACUCGUGGACAAGGUCAAACCCAAACUCCGAGAGCUGGGACGUCGCAUGGACAGGGCGGCGGUCCAGGAGUGCGGAGAGGGCGAGGAGAGCUCUGAGGUUCAUGGUAAGGAGGAGCUCUGUAUGCCUGUGCCCACUGUGGUUCUGCAAAGAAGCAACUGCCUCGUGAUCCAGAAGCCUCCUGGCUGGCAGGUGGACCAAGAGAAGCUCGGCGUUGAGCCGAAGUUGGGGGAGCCGCGCCGGCUUACGUCCUUCGUGCACCACAUCCUGUCUCCAAGUCGCUGGCCGCUUCUUGCGGACACAGAAGCCGGCUGUGGCUUCGUGCACCGUCUCGAUGCGCCUUGCUCCGGGCUGAUCCUCCUUGCGAAGACAUACGAGGCCUACUACGACCUGCUGCUGCAGAUGAAUUCGGGUCAGGUGGUCCGUGACUACAUCGUCCUCUGCCACGGCUGGGUGCCCCCAACACAGGACACAAUCGCGGCUCCCUUGUACUGGGCUGAGGGCACGAAUCUGCCCAGCGAGGUGCGCCACUAUGGCAAGCCCUCGGUGACACAGGUAAAAGUCCUGGCCCACGCACGCCGCGGUGGUGAGGCAGGGCUUCAAUUCAGUCUGGUCGCUGUCCGCAUCUUGACCGGGAGGCGACAUCAGAUCCGGAUCCACAUGGCACAUGCGGGGCAUUGCCUGGUUGGGGAUGGAAAGUACGGCUCGCAAGAGCAAUUUCUGAAAGACAAGGAGUGGUGCUCGCAAACCUUCUUGCACAGAUACCAUCUGGGCUUCUCUUUCCUGGACGGCACCUUUGCCGAGGCCCACGCCCCACUUCCCACGGAUCUAGUGGCAGUCUUGGAGCAACUGUGUCCGCGCGAUGCCUGCUCGGCCGCGGCGAUGAGUGCAAGCACCGUCAGGAUACCGAAGUGGGACGAGUGCCAGGUCAAUAUGUAA